AUGUCGGGUAACAUUGCCUUCGGCCGGUUCGAUGACUCCUUCAGCGCGGCCUCCCUAAAGGCCUACGUGGCCGAGUUCAUCUCCACCCUCGUCUUCGUCUUCGCCGGCGUCGGUUCCGCCAUCGCAUACACCAAGUUGACGGGUGGCGCGCCGCUUGACCCCGCCGGGCUGAUCGCCGUGGCGGUGUGCCACGGGUUCGGACUGUUCGUCGCGGUUGCCAUCGGCGCCAACAUCUCUGGCGGCCACGUCAACCCCGCCGUUACCUUCGGCCUCGCCCUCGGCGGCCAGAUCACCAUCCUCACCGGCAUCUUCUACUGGAUCGCCCAGCUCCUCGGCGCCAUCGUCGGUGCCGUCCUCGUUCAGUACUCUACCGGUGUGGCGACCCCGACCCACGGCCUGUCCGGCAUCGGCGCGUUCGAGGGCGUCGUGAUGGAGAUCAUCGUCACCUUCGGCCUCGUCUACACUGUGUACGCCACCGCGGCUGACCCCAAGAAGGGCUCCCUCGGCACCAUCGCUCCCAUCGCCAUCGGCUUCAUCGUCGGCGCCAACAUCCUCGUAGCCGGGCCCUUCUCCGGCGGGUCCAUGAACCCGGCUCGCUCCUUCGGCCCCGCCGUGGCCAGCGGCGACUUCACCAACAUCUGGAUCUACUGGGUCGGCCCGCUCGUCGGCGGCGGCCUCGCUGGCAUCGUGUACCGGUACAUCUACAUGUGCGGCGACCACGCCCCCGUCGCCAGCAGCGACUUCUAA